AUGGCGGCAACUAGCGAUCUUUACAUGGAUUCGAUUCUUUCCGGUUUCGAUCAGAUUUACGAGGAUUUCAAGAGGGGAAUCGAAGAGAUUCAGUUACUGAAAUCGAAUUGGAAUGCAGAAAUAAAGAGAGGAGAGGCUCUUGAAAUCACUUGUGACUCUCUACAACAAGAUAACGCGCGACUUACAAAACUGUACACAGAAUCCUUGAACAAUUUUGCUGAGCAGAUUGAAAAUCAUGCUGAAUGUCAGAGAUUGAAAGACGAACUCCAGAGAAGAAAGGAUGAAUAUCUGAGUAAAGAAGAGGAACAUAGGAAAGCUAUGGAAUUGCUGAAGAAAGAACAUGUAAAGGAAGUUGCUGACUUAGAGGCUAAAGUCAGAGGUCUUCUACUUGAAAAAGCAACAAAUGAAGCAACCAUAAUUCAGCUGCGUGAAGUUUUAGCAGCGCAUAAAUCCCAUGCAGAAGUGCUAUCUAAGAAGCUGGAUCAACUACAGUCUGACGAGGAAUCAAAAUAUCUUCACGAGAUUUGGGACUUAAAAGAUUGUCUGAUGGUUGAACAAGAAGAGAAAAAUGAGUUGAAUAAAAAACUACAAGAGGCUGAAAAGGAAUUAUUGAUCAUCAGAACGAAGCUUGGUGAACAACAACAAGAUUCAGCUUCAAGUCGGCAAGUUGAAACACUUAAGCUAAAGAUGAUGAAACUAAGAAAGGAGAAUGAGAUCCUCAAAAGGAAGCUUUCCUCUAUGGAAGCGUGUUAGAGGUUCAGUAUCACAAACUAUGAUUCUCAUAAUUCGGAAACCGAGUUAUUACCAUUCAACUUUAUGCAAGUAUAGUUGACCGCAAUAUUAUAGAAAAAUUACAAGAGUACGUAUAAUUAGUCGUAAGUCAAUUCUUCGAUUCUCUUUUAAAAUUUUGACUCUUAUAC